AUGGUGAAUGACAGUGCUUCCUACAACACAGCCAGUAUUACAUCUAUUGAGACGGCUGAAAAAGUUGCCCAUGUCAACAUUGAACAGAUAUGCGAGUCGGUGUUGACGAACAACAGUCGUCUGAAGCGUCAAAUAAAGGAAAUAAAGGUGGAGUUGGAUGACAUGUUUACGUUCAACCCAGAGCUGCUGGACCACCUACGUUCUAUUGUGAAGUCUGCUGAGCAGUCCCAACCUCCUCCAACAGAAAAGACAUAUAAUGGUCGACUGCGCUCGUCCAGAGUUCCUGGCAAGCCCUCGAUUGGCACCAUGGAGUCCAAGCUGACCAAACACUUAGUUGGACUCAAUGUACAAAUCAGUCGCAGUAAUGGCCGCGUCCAUGGGGCAACUGUGAAAUUUGUCGAUGCCUUAAAACCCACGGUGACAGUGGAGUGGGCCGAGGGAACUCUCAAUGAGCCGCGAAAAAAGACUGACAAACCAGCUUCAUCUGUGCCCUUUGUUCUUGAUACUGUUAAGGAAAAUUAUGAACCAGUGGAAAUGGCCGCUAGAGGCAAAAGGAAAACCCUGAUGCACCAGGACCUCGUCAAAGCUAGCAAACGGCUGUCUUCUGUCGACAAGCUUUCUGAGGUUCAAAAACAGAAGGGAAAGUUGAAAGAGUGUGCUCGGCCCAACCAGAAAUUCUACGAAAUGAUCCAAGACUACCGAGAGACCUUGGAAAGCCUUCCGAUAUCAGUCAGCGAUGUGAUUGAGUCUCACAGAAUUUGUGUGUGCGUCCGCAAACGGCCCCUAAACAAGAAAGAAUUGACUAGAAAGGAGAUCGAUGUGAUUUCGGUACCUGGGAGAGGCACCGUAGUGGUCCAUGAGCCAAAGCAAAAAGUGGACCUCACCAAGUACCUGGAAAACAAGACCUUUCAGUUUGACCACUGCUUUGAUGAAGAAUCUACCAAUGAAUUGGUCUACAGAUUCACAGCAAAGCCUUUGGUGCAGUCCAUCUUCGAGGGUGGCAUGGCCACAUGUUUUGCCUACGGGCAAACAGGAAGUGGGAAAACUCACACAAUGGGUGGCGAUUUCACAGGCAAGCAGCAAAAUUGUGCCAGGGGAAUUUACGCUUUAGCAGCCCAGGAUGUUUUCUCGUACCUCAAUCACUGGAGAUACAAUGAUCUGAAUCUGUCUGCAUAUGUCAGCUUCUUUGAAAUCUACAACGGAAAAGUGUACGACUUGUUGAAUAAGAAAGCCAUGCUGCGGGUGUUGGAGGACGAGCAUCAGCAGGUGCAGGUGGUGGGCCUGCAGGAGGUCUGCGUAGCCACUGCAGAUAUGGUUAUUAAGAUGAUACAGCAGGGCACUGCUUGCAGAACAUUUGGUCAGACUUCUGCCAACGCCAACUCCUCGCGCUCCCACGCCAUCCUUCAGAUUGUCCUCAGACGCAAUGACCGCAACAACACGCUUCACGGAAAGUUCUCACUGGUUGACCUGGCGGGCAACGAGCGUGGCACUGAUGUCUACAGCAAUGACCGCGCCACAUUGGUGGAGACUGCUGAGAUCAACCGCAGCCUCCUGACGCUGAAGGAGUGCAUCCGAUCACUCGGCAUGAACAGUGAUCACAUUCCUUUCAGGAUGAGCACUUUAACAAAGGUUCUCCGGGAUUCUUUCAUCGGGGAGAAUUCCAAAACUUGCAUGAUUGCAAUGGUGUCGCCGGGAAUGGCGUCAUGCGAAUACACUAUGAACACACUACGUUAUGCUGACAGAGUUAAAGAGCUGAAAGAAGUCUCAAAAGCCACCGGAGGGCCCAUAACACUGCAGCCAGCAAACAGCUCUUCAGAAGAGGACACCACUGUGUAUGAUGCAAUAAGUCAUGUGGCAGACGUGGAGGAGAAAGUAUAUGGAGAGCUUCAGGAGAUUGUUCAGAGAGCUAGCAACCUUGUAAAAUCAAUGGAGCAAACCACGUAUGACAGCGAGGCAGGACUCGCCCAUCUCAUGGACUUUAACCAAUUCUUGAAGUCUUCAAGGUUCCCGGAAGUAUUGCAGGCUUUGCAGUCAGCUAUUUCGGGGGAGAAGAGAGCCAAAAUGAAUCGCUGA